ACCAAUGGAACCAGCAGUUGCAACGGCAGCCGCAGCUGCGGUGAAAGGUUUCAGAGACGAUUCAGCCGCUGGUCAGACAAAUGAUUUUUUUUUUUUUUUUUUUUUUUUUUUUUUUUUUUUUCAGACAAAUGAUUACCAGAUAAAGAUAAAGAAAAGCAAAAGUGUUCCCAACGCGGAUGGUGCGGCGUCUAGGAGCUGGAGUUUCAGCGAUCCGGAAUCACGUAGGAAGAGAAGAGUAGCUGGCUAUAAGGUUUACUCCGUUGAACAGAAGAUGAAGGGAUCCAUUAGAAAAAGCUUUAAAUGGUUCAAAAACAUUAUAGGAAGCAAAGGAGAUUAAUUAAGGGGCACAGUGGCAUCUCCAACCCUCAGGUUUGUAAUUAGCAUAAUGAGGAGAGAGGUGGGGGCUUGAAGAUAUGGUAGGGACUUGGAUUGCUUCACAUGGCUCACACCCAUAGCAU